CAAGACUGUGAGAGAGAGGAGCCAACUCUGGUGUGGACCAUCAUCACCACACGGCCUUUUUUGCGCUCAGUCUCGGCUGGUUCGCGAUUUACUCUGGUUCAUCGUUUCGCGUCAAGUGUGAAAGCAAAUUCCUCCCAGAGAGAGCUCAAUUCUCUCUUCUCAACCUCUUCACACAUCCAAGCAACCGCGAAAUCGCGCACAAACCGACCGCGCGGGUCGUCGCCGUCGUCGUGGUGUGUCAAAUCGAAACCCCCAGCACACCAAGACCUGCUCAAACCACGCUGGUCACCCGGACUUUAGGAGAGGAAAAAUUUGCUUGAAAGAGAGAGAGAGAGAACGUAGCAACCCUCGACGAACGCAGGAACCGUCCACGAUGUCGCUCAGUCAGGUUCUGAACGUCUGCCCGAAGGGUGCGAGUCUCGUCGCGGCAACCGGAAGAAGAAACGUGGGCCGGAUAUCGACGCUGCUGUUAUCGUCCAGUGUUGGCCAACAGUGCAACGCCAGCGCCACCUCCAGCAGUGUCCUCCUGUCCGCCGAUCCGCUAGUGUUUUCCGCGAACGGUACCAGCAACAGCCGCAGCAUGUCGACCCGCUGCGUCACGGUGGACAACAUCAACCCGGCGAUCAAGCUGAUGGAGUACGCGGUCCGCGGACCGCUCGUCAUCCGGGCCGGCGUCAUCGAGAAGGAACUGGAGCAGGGCGCCAAGAAACCCUUCACGGAAGUGAUCCGCGCCAACAUCGGGGACUGCCACGCCAUGGGCCAGCAACCGAUCACAUUCCUCCGGCAGGUUCUCGGCCUGGUGUCCUACCCGCCCCUCUUUGACGACAAAUCAAUCCCGGAGGACGCGAAGCAACGGGCGCGCGACAUCCUGAAGGGCUGCAAGGGCGGUUCGGUCGGUUCGUACACCGACUCGAACGGUAUCGAGGUGAUUCGGCAGCAUGUGGCCCAGUACAUCCAGGACCGUGACGGCGGCAUCCCGUCCGAUCCGGCCAACAUUAUCCUGUCGGCGGGUGCCUCCGGUGGCAUUAAGGUGCUGAUGUCGCUGCUGCGGUGUCCCAUCGACGGAAAGAAGCCCGGCGUGAUGAUUCCCAUCCCGCAGUAUCCGCUGUAUUCGGCGACGAUCGCCGAGUUUGAGAUGGAACAGUGCGGCUACUAUCUGGACGAGGCCAACAAGUGGGGACUGGACAUUACCGAGCUGAAGCGAUCGCUGGCGGAGGCCAAGACGAAGUGCGCCCCGCGGAUACUGGUCGUCAUCAACCCGGGCAACCCGACCGGUCAGGUCCUGUCCAAGGAGAACAUUCAGGAAAUCAUCAAAUUCGCACACCAGGAAAAGCUCGUCCUGUUCGCCGACGAGGUCUACCAGGACAACGUGUACGAGAAGGGCUCCCAGUUCCACUCGUUCAAGAAGGUCCUCAUGGAGAUGGGCGCCCCGUACAACACGAUGGAACUGUGCAGCUUCAUGUCCUGCUCCAAAGGGUACAUGGGCGAGUGCGGAAUCCGCGGCGGAUACGCCGAAAUCGUCAACCUCUGCCCGGACGUGAAAGCCAUGCUCCUCAAGUGCAUCUCGGCCCAGCUCUGCCCCACCACAAUCGGCCAGGCCUGUAUGGACGUGGUGGUGCAUCCGCCCCGCAAGGGUGAACCCUCGUACGAGCUGUUCAUGAAGGAGAAGACGGCCGUGCUGGAGUCGCUGAAGGUGCGCGCCGAAAUGGUCGCCGAGACGUUCAACUCGAUCGAGGGCUUCUCGUGCAAUCCGGUGCAGGGCGCGAUGUACGCCUUUCCCCAGAUCCGGCUGCCGGCGAAGGCGAUCGAGGCGGCCAAGAAGGCCGGCCAGGCGCCGGACGUUUUCUAUGCAUUCCAGCUGUUGGAGCAGACCGGCAUCUGCAUCGUCCCCGGUUCCGGCUUUGGGCAGCGCCCGGGCACGUACCACUUCCGCACCACGAUCCUGCCCCAGCCGGCCAAGCUGAAGGAGAUGCUCGGCAAGUUCCGCUCGUUCCACGAAAAGUUCUUGCAAGAGUACAAGUAAAUGGUCGUGAUUUUUUUAAACACACUUUUUGAGUUUAAAUUUUUGUUAGGCGAAAAGCAAACUUAAACAAAUACGCGCGUAUUAUCCGAUUGUAGUGAAAGAAGAAGAUGAUUAAAAACGAGAUUUUGGAAUAAGAGAGGACUGCUGAUAGAAUCACACUCACACACACAUAUUUAGCAUAUCCCGCUUGAAGCUUCAAACGACGAUAUCGUAUUUGCCAAGGUAGUAGAAGCAAUUUAAUUGCAUGUUUUUACCACGCUAGGUUUAAAAAAGAAAAAAUAAGUCCUCACACGCAAUUGUAACUUUCUAUGUGCAGCUGUUAUUUUUUUUUUGUGUUUCAAAUUGGUCGUUACAAAACAAAACAAUAAAGUAGAUUGGCAGCAUUUUAAAUGAGUAUGAACGUUAUUCGAAAACAAAGAGAAAUCUGAUAACCAAAAAAGACAAUAAUUAUUUGGUAGAGUUACCGAAAGUGUUUUUUCGACGUCACUUUGUAUAUCGCUAUUACUCGAUAAAUAUGUGUGUUUUAACGCGUUCUACAAAAUUGUUAACCAACCCCAGCUGUACCUAUACGAAAACAAUUAAAACAAUUAUAUUGAAGAUAUUUUAGCAAAAAAAAAACUCAUCAAUCAAACAAUUACUAGAAGCAGCAGCAGUCGCGCAACAAACAAAGGUGUAUAUUCUAGUUCGAAAGGACCACAAUUUGUUAAAUGCUGUGAAUAAUAAAGAAGAAAAGAAAAGUGCGGAAAUUGUUCGAAGGACAACAAAAAUAAAA